GGCUCGGCGCGUAGGGGUGGAUGACUUCAAACAUACGUCUACAAAGAAGAACGCCUAUAAAUAGGGAUCUCCGCUCUUCCGCCCAUUCUCCCAUCGCUUGAUUUAUUUUGUGCAUUGCGAAUACUUUUUUGGCUUCUGUUUUCAGUGCAGGUUUCAGAAGAUCGGAUCGGGUGCAAAGAUAGGGUUUAUGUUUGUUUGUUUUGGAUUUCCUAUAUGUAAAAUUUGUGUAGUCUGGUAGGAAUCUUUAACAUGUCCAAUAUCCCUAGGUCUCUGUGUGACUUGUGUCUCAGUGAGUUCACGCUCGCUAUUUCCGUUGCAGAUCCUUGGCCGUUCUCUAGCACAACAGAAAUCUUCUCUUACAAGGGCUGCAUCUUUCUUUAACGAGCCGUAAGCUUGUUGUGUAUUAGGGUUUGGUUGUUAAUUUGUAUGGAAAAGGCUCAGGGUGCUCUAGAUUCAAAUUCUGGUUGCAGCGCUAACAUAAAUCGAUCGUGCUCUCCAAGUAGUUACGAUUCAGGGAAAGGCCAUAGGAAUCACGGUCACCAUUUUCAUCUGCCACAUUUAGGCAAGAUGCACCAUUCUUUGCACCUUCCUCACUUUCCUUUGCAUUUAAGUUUCAGGAAAGGGGAAGAGUUUUACAAGGAUGUCCCUAAGGGCUGCCUCGCGGUUUAUGUUGGACAGGGUGAACAACACCAGCGAUUCGUUAUACCGGUGGUAUACAUCAACCACCCGCUCUUUGAGAAGCUUCUUAAGGAAGCCGAGGAAGAAUAUGGAUUUGAACAGAAGGGCACCAUUACUAUUCCGUGCCAGGUAUCGGUUUUCCAGUAUGUGCAGGACCUCAUUGACAGAGAACAACACCAAUCUAACGGCCAUGGCGGCUGCUUUCGUUAAGGAGAAUUCAUCCUCAUACGCCGACCGAUUGGAGAUGGAGACUUUACCUGCCCUAUUGUUAUCUGGUCACAAAGAUACACAGUAUUGUUCAUGCAUUUAAGUGGUUGAUUAUGGCGAUAAAUUUAAACAUUCUUUAGGUUUAAGAGCUAUGUAGCCCCUAUUCUAGGGUGUCUUUCACUAUUCUAUUACUAUUGUGAAAUACAAAGAUUGUUUCUAAUA